AUGGAUAGUUCAUUUAUUGAAUUAAUAAAAGAUAUAAAAAGAGAUGAUAGUGUAAAAAACUUAGAAAAAAAUUAUCAAAUAUGUGUAAAUAAAUUAAAGGACCUAGAAAAAAGAAAGCAGAAUGAUAAAAUAUUUGUUCUGAAUUCUAUUAUUAAAGAAAAAUCAUUUAUAUUAUUAAAACUGUUAUAUUUACAAAUGUUUGGUAAGAAAAUUGAUAAAGAAUAUAAUUUCUCUGUUAUUGAGCUUUUAACUUGUAAUAAAUAUGUUUUAAAAAGAAGAGGUUAUUUUUUUUUGAAUAAUAUUAAUGAUAAUGUCGAUAUUAUUUUUUUAUCAAUUAAUUUAUUUAAAAAAGAAUUAAGUAAAGAAAAUAUUGCAAACAGUGAAAAUAAUGCAAAAACUACUGUUAUAAAUUCUAUAUCUAAUUUAAGUAGUGCAUUAAUUAAAGAUAACAUCAAUUUAUUUAAUAAAAUUGAAUCUAAUAAAAGUCAAUUUGUUCCUGGCUUAAAUAUGAAUAAAGAUUUAAAAAUUUUUAAUACAGUUUUAAUUUUAAAUAGUAUAAGUAAUAUUUGUACUGAUAUUAUGAGUAGUAAUAUAUACAAUGAUAUUUUUUUGUUAUUAAAUAGUAGUUACAUGUACAUUAGAAAAAAAGCCAUUAUAUGUUUUUAUAAAUUAGUUAUUAGCAAUUUAGAUAUUUUACAUUUGUUUUUAGAUUUUAUAAAAAAACAGUUUAUUUCUCUUUAUAAUAAUCAGAGCACUUCUUAUGAGAAAACUCCAAAUGAUGAAAUUGACUAUACGUAUCGAAAUAAUACCUUUCUUUGUUGCUUAAUUAUUAAUAUAUUAGCUGAAAUAUUCUCUACAUUAGAAAAAAAUGAUCAAAAAAGUAAUAAUGAAAAAUACAAAAAAACAAAUGAAAAAAGAAAAGAUGAAGAUGAAGAUAGAAACAAUUUAGAUAGUGUUCAUUCCGUUUCAGAAUACUUGAAAAAGUUUUUGUCUUUUAUUCCUUUUAUUUACAAUAUUUUAAAUGAAAGAUUAAGUUUAAUAGAUAAUUGGAAGCUAAUAAAAAUAAUUAAAUUUCUUAAUAAAUUAAUAAAAUAUGAAAUAAGAAUUUAUAAGAAAUUUUUAUCUAUAAUAAUUCAUAUAUUUUACACAAAUAAAGCAAAAAGCAUUGUAUUUGAAUGCUUUGAGUUUAUCCUUUUUAAUUACAAAAGGAUUUAUAAUAUUGAUAUAAAAAUUGAUCAAUAUAUAACUAAUAAUAUUCAAUCAGAAAAAAAAAGUACAGUUAAUAAUAAUAAUGUUAUUGAAAUUGAUAAAAAUAGUAGUCAGGAAAAUAUUGUGACUUCAGAGAAUAAAAUAAUUAAAGAAAAUAACAAAAUGGCUAACGAAAUAAUUGAUAUUAAUUAUUCUAAUAAUUUUGAUAAAUUCUUAUAUUACUGUUUUAAACAAUUAUUAAAAUAUUUUUUUAGUGAAGAUAAAAAUAUAGUAUAUAUUACAACUAAAUUAUACAAAUAUGUGUUUGUCAUCACUGAUUUAUAUGAUGCUUUUGUGGAGUAUGACUUAUUAAAUGAUUUUUCUCAUAAUAUUUUAAAAAAUUUUUAUCAAAAAGAUUUUACUAUUAGAAAAAAUUUAUUGAAUAUCUUAUAUUAUUUAAUAAAUAAAAACAAUUUUCAGAAUAUUGCUUAUAAUAUUAUUGUAUAUUUAUAUAACAAUGUAGAAAAUGAUUUUUCAGAUGAAUAUAUAAAUGUGAUUUUAAAAUAUGGAAAGAAUAAUUUAAAUAAUAUGGAGAAUAUAAAUUUAUAUAUUUUUAUUUUAUUUUAUAUAUUAUGCUUAAAUAAUCAUAAUAAAGCAUUAGAUACACUUAAACAAAUUCUUCAAAUAAAUAAAGAAAUAAAGGAAACACACAUGACUACAAUAUUUUUAAGUAGUAUUUUUACAAUAACAUACGGAAUAAUAAUUAUAAAAAAUAAUUUAGAAAAGAUUCAUUAUACUUUAGAUGAUGCACAGAAAAGUAAAAAAAAUUUCGAAACAGUGAAUACUAAUGAAAUAUGCAGUAAUAAUUAUUUGGACUAUUAUAAGAAUUCCAAAUGUUAUGAGAAUAAUAACAUAAAAAAUAAUGAGGAAAAUAGGAAUGAUAAUAAUAAUAAUGAAGAUAAAAAGAAGGAUAAUAUAAGCAAAAUAUAUUGUGGUACUAAUGAUAUGAAUGAUAAAGUUAAUGGUUCAUUAUAUAAAAAUAUUGAAAAAGAAAAGUUCAAAAUUAUAAAUAAUGUUUACAAUGAUGAAAACUAUAAUAUGAUAAUAAUUAACGAUAUAUAUAAUUUUAAAAAAGAAUUCAAAGAAUUUGAAAAAUUAAAUAAAUAUGAUAUAUUUGAAUAUAUUAUUAUAAUAUUAAAUUUAUAUGAUAAGAUAAAUCAUAACAAAGGAAAAUGCAAAUAUCAAGAUUUAAAUUGUAUAGAUGUUGCUUCUUUUGAAUUCAUUAUUUAUUUCAUUAGCAUUUAUGUUGAAGAAGCAUAUGAUAAAAUAAAAGAAUUUAAAAACAGUGAAUUUUUAAAAAUAUUUUUCUUUUCAUUAUAUUUAUUUUUUAUUAACUUUAGUUCAAGUAGUAUAUUAUGGAAUAUUACUAAAAUUUUUAUUUUUUUUUAUCAAUUCAAGGAAAAUGAGGAUUUACAUUUUUAUUUUCAAAAAUUAGAGCAUCAUAUCAAUUAUUUAAUAAAUAAGAAAAAUGAUGUAGUAAACUUGGAUAAAUGUUUUAUGUUAAAAAAUAUCUUAGCUCUUUUAAAUAACAAAAAAAAUGAAGAUACUUUUAAUUUUUAUAAUUAUUUUACUAAUUUUUUAGAAUUUAAAGAAAAUGAUGUAAAGUUUAAUUUUGAAAAGCCUUUUAAAUAUAGUGAUUCUUUUUUUUACGAUACUGAAGAAAACGAAAAAAAAGAAGAAAAAAAAAAGAAUGAAUACCAAGAAAUAUAUUCGGUUAAUACAGUAUCGAAUGUUACUGAUAAUAAUAACGAAAAAAAUUUAAACAAAGAAAAACCAAAUGAACAUAUAGAAAAAAAUAUAUUAGAAAACGAUUUUUAUGUAUUAGUAGAAAAACAGAAGGAAUAUAUGAAAAUAUGGAAAAGUAAAAAUAUUUUUUUCUUAAUUGAUAAAAAUGAACAUUUUAAAUUAUAUUUUCAAAUUAAUAAAGGAGACUGUUUAUUAUUCUUAUAUAUUGAAUUAUUAGACAAGGAAAUUAUAAUAAAUAAUUUCAAUCUGUAUAGUUCUUCUGACGUAAUAAAAUAUGAUAAUAUAUUAAAUAGUAAGAAUUAUAAUAAUUUUGAAUUUAUUGAUGAUGAUACAAAUAAUUUUUAUGGAAUAAACUUCGAUAAGAAUAAUCAAAAAGAGACAUUAAAUGAUUACCGUUAUAUAAAUAAUGAAAAUGAUAAAUGUGUUAAAAAAAUAACAAAUGUAGAAAUUUUUAAUGAGAAUUAUAUAAUAUCUCUAAAAUAUAAGAAUAAUAUAUCUUUUAUUAAAUUAAGUUAUGAUUAUUUAUAUAAUUUUAAAAAUUACGAAAAUAAAAAUUUACAUAUUCCAUAUGCAAAUAUUCAGCCCCUUCAUUUAUCUGUAGAUGAAUUUAAAAAUGUAAAUAAAAAAAAUGGGAAAUUUAGAAAUAUGACCUAUGAGAUAGAAAUAAAAAAAAACUUAAAUAUAAAUAAAUAUAUUUUCAAUUAUUUUUUAUUUUUAUCUGAAUAUUUAAAUUUUUACUUUUUUAAUAUGAAAAAUAUUUUUUUUAAUUUUCAAAACAAUGCGGAUUUAGAUGAGCUUCGCUUAAUUUUUUGUAUAAAAAAUUCCAUAACAAAACAAAAUUUAGAAGACAAAAUAAUUCUACUCGUUAAUGUUCAACAUAAAGCAAAAAAUGAAAUAGAUAACUUGCGUUUUUAUGAUGUAACUAUAAAAAUGAAAAUAUUAAAUGAUUCAGAAGACUUAUGUAAUCAAGUACUUAAUUAUUUUGGAUUCUAUUUGAAAAAAAUAUUUUUACAAAAAAUUAAAAUUGAAUACUUUAAUGAAGAAUAG